AUGGUUAUUGCGGUAGCAACUUUGGUUUUGGGCAUCUUAUUGGGCAUGCUCAUUGUAAUCCCUCGGCUGCGAAAAUCAGAUCAAGGAAAGAAGCUGACACAUUCAAAUGCCGUUGACAAGGCUUCGAAAACAUACUCUAAGUCUGAAAUUGCGUUGCAUAACAAGCGGACAGACUGUUGGAUCAUCAUAAAAGAUAAGGUCUAUGACGUUACUUCAUAUGUAGAAGAACAUCCUGGUGGUGAUGCCAUCUUGAUGCAUGCUGGAGACGACUCAACUGAAGGUUUCUUUGGGCCACAACAUGCUACCCGAGUAUUUGAUAUGAUUGAUGACUUCUAUAUUGGUGAAUUACAGAAAUCCGCCGCCCCUUUUUUCACUCCCUCUCCUUCAGCAGUGUGGCAACCCAGUGACGACGACGACGAUGGCGAGGGAAAAACUCCCCGUGAAGGCGACAGAGAAGUAGAAAGCGACACCUUGUUCUGUUUCCAGAAACUGCAGCCACUGGAUGUAAAUGAAUUCAAGUCCAUUAAGAAGUUCAAAAUUUUCAAUACCAACAAUUUAUGGGUGAACUUAAAAGCAACCAAAAGACUUGUUGAAGCACAAGCCUUGAAGAUGGAGAUUAUUCCAAACCCCAAGGAAGUGGAUGGCGUCAAGGUUCUUCAAUUAGAGACUGCUGCUGGUGGCAUCAAUGUCCCUCGAUCUCGCUUCCUCCCCGUAAAAGCCACGUCUGACCUGCUCCUGGUUCAGUCCGACCUUUACACGUUGUCUGAAGAUGGCUAUGUGGUGAGAAAUGAGGCUAGGACUAAUCCAGCUAAUCCUACUAUUGAAUUGGGACCUGAAUUUAAGAAGGUUGGCAACUUCUUAAGUUGGUUCAAGUCGAUUCCCAGUAUUGUUGAAUCAGAUAGCUUGAAGGUCACUGGUGAUGUUUGGUUUGGAGCUGGUAUCACCCUCAAGUGGAUUACUGCUAAACCUGGAUCUAACUUGGAAAUUCCAGAUGGAGUUGUGAUAGCAAACAAGGACAUCAAUGGUCCAGAAGAUAUAUAG